AUGUUUAACGUUGAAUUAGUUUCAGACCGACUCGCCAGAACGACUCUGGAGAGGCGUCGACACAAAGAGAGCGAAAGAAGAGAGAGGAUUUUUAACGACACCGUCAGGACGAUGGGGGUUGAUAAGGAAGCUCUAGACCUGCAGGUGACAGAGAAGAAGAAACAAGAAGCAGCAGCAAAGAAAGAACAAGAUGCUUAUGACGCUGAAAUGCUCCACAGCAGAAAAGCAGCCAACAUCCUCCAAAAUCAACAAGUGAAGGAGAAGCGUGCUUUGGAAAAGGCCGUCGUCACCUUCAGGCGCCAGAACCAGCAGCCUCGGAGCCAACGAGAGUUUGAUCUGAACGACCCAGACCUCUGCAGAAAAACAGAUCAAGGAGACGCACAGAUGAUUCUCCCCGGACUGGUGGGCGAAGACCCGGAGAGCAAAAGCAGGCUGCAGAGGCAGAGGGAGCAGCUGAGAGGUUGGCUCGUUCAGCAGCAGGCGGAGCAGGCGGCAAAACGAAAUCAACAGAAGCUGGAAGAGCAGCGCUAUGAGCGAAACAGAGUGGAGACGGACAACGUGGCCGUGCAGCUUCAGAAUCAAGAGAAGGAGAGGAGAGAGGCAGCCGCCAUCGCCAACAAAGAUUACAACCUGGCCAAGAUUAAAGAGAAGAACAACCUGCAACGACAACUGACAGAAGCAGACGCUGAAUGCACCCCGAGCGUGGUGGGAGUCCCCGGCCUGUGUCCCAGCAGCGACAGGAGAGCCCCUCCUGAGAGCCUGCAGCAGAUAAACCAGUUCCAGAAGCACCAAAUAGAAGAGAAGAGGAGGACUGAAUUAAACAAGAAGCGAGAGGAGGAGCGCUACGAUCGCGUCCGCCUGGACUCGGCUCGUGCAGCUCUGCUACUAGAGAGGCAGCAGGCCAGACUGGACAAGCAGCUGAGGAGACACCUGGACAACGCCAACGUCCAGCUGGCCGAAGCACACAGACGACAGAAGCCGGACAUCGACAGAGGACGUAUCGACGACAGCUUCUUCUCCCAGUUCAACACCUGCAGCAGAUGACGGAGCAGUAAAUAAACGCACUGUACGUCAA